AUGGAGGAGGAUACACUAAGCAAUAGUGAAAUUUGCUCUUUUAUCGCAGACAUGUCAGAUUCAGAAGAUCCAACAUAUACACCAGAGAUGGAAAGAAAGGAAGAGAAAAAACGAUCAAUUCCGGAUUUUUUUAGCGUUACUUCUGCUUCGUCAAGUAAAGUAUCUGAGUGCAGUGAUAAGAAACAAAAGAAAGAGAAUAAACCAGAAAAUAAAAGAAGACUGCAGACAUAUGGUCGGCAAAGCGCAGAAGCUUUUUUGGACUCACAUGUCAUUGGAUUGAUGAAAAUUAUCAACGAUGUUGCACUUUUAUGUCAGCGUUUUAUGGGCAGUCAUACUUUUGAAAAAAUAGCGGAAAUAUUAGAUAAUAUACAUGCAAAAUUUGGCUUACAUACUGAGAAACUGGUGGCUACAGUUACCGAUAAUGGCUCAAAUUUUGUGAAAGCAUUUAAAGAAUUUGGAGGUGGUACUCUGACAAAAAUUACCGAUACAGAGAGUGACAACGGCGAAGGAGAAGAAGACUACUACGAGUUUACAAGUAUUCUAAAUGAUUUUUUCUCGUUGCAAUUACCCAAACAUGUUAGAUGUGCUAGUCACACAUUAAAUCUCAUUGCAACUACAGAUGUCAAGAACGCCAUUCAAAGUGAUCCAAUCUUAUAA